AUGACCCUGCGCUUCCUCGCAGGGGACAAUACCCAGUCGCCCUAUUUUGACAACAUCGGUACUCGAAGUACCAUCCUGUGCAAGCCAUUGGAGGACAUGUGUGACUGGAUAGCUUCUCAGAACGAGCAUCCCAGCCAGCUGGACUUUGACUUUCAAUUCAAAGACCGUGAUUUGGAUCUAAAAUCGAUGAGUUAG